AUGCGCUUUCAUGUCACACUUCCCGCGAGCGAUGAGGCUGGGGUUGUUGCUGUCGUUGCCCAGCUCGUGAGUGAUCCAGAAGCUUUCGUGGAGGCUUUCUUUGCAGUCUUGCCGACGUUCUUCCCCGGCAUCCAACAUGAAAUCGGCAAUGGAACGCUCACAGGUGUCGGUGCAGUCUUGCAGUCAGCAACGACGACCACGCUUUCCCAGGAGCUCCUGGCAGCUGAGCCCAAUACCACCCCGGCACCUCGCCAUGCUGUCCUACACGACCUCGCCAUCAGAGUUUGUACGCUUCGGAGGCGUGCUGACAAACGAGGUCUUGCUCUACAGGCCACAGCUCGGAUCUGUAAAUUGGACCGACGUCACGCUCGCGGUCUCGGGCCCAGGUCCAACGUUUGA